UUCCAGGAAGGAAACAUCAGCAUUUCGGGGUUUUUUGAAAGUUUGAAUAUUCAAAUAGAAUUUAGGUGCAAAAACAAGAAACAACAUCAGGAACUGAACAUUUCACUGAGGACGGUCUACAACCAAACAUCAAGCUGUGGGAUCAUUUUGACUCCAUGUAAAAGGAGAAAACCAGAUACGUGGCUCUUUGAAAACAAAAUUAAACCCAAACUGUUCACCCUUUGACCAAGCAGAUAUGAAGCUGAUCCUUUUCCUUCUCGUUCUGUUGGGCAAGUGUUGUUUCAUGGACUGUCAGUUCUAUCAGUAUCUCUACAUUAAUCAGAAUAAAACCUGGACUGAAGCUCAGCAGUACUGCAUAGAGAAUCACACUGACCUGGCCACAGUGACUAACAUGAAGGACAUGGAGAGACUCAUCAAUGUCUCAGCUGGACGUAAGAGGGAAGCUUGGAUUGGACUGUAUAAUCAAACAAAAGCAAAUAGAACAUGGUACUGGUCUCUGCCUGGAGUGGAGUUCAAUGAAAGUGAGACAAACUGGGACCCAGAAGAACCAAAUGAUAAAGGAACUGAAAACUGUGGGUUUAUUUCUAAAGAUCUAAAGUGGGGCGACAUCUCUUGCAACGGAGAGAAGUACUUUCUCUGCUAUAAUGAAACAAAAACUUCAGAUAAAAUCUAUCUGAUAAAGGAAACUAAGAGCUGGCUGGAAGCUCAGAGUUACUGCAGAAAGGAGCACACAGACCUGGUCAGUGGACUGGACCAGUUGACUCAUGAACAACUGAAGAACGUAGUGAGCUUGAUAAACAACCUGGAUGACGCACAUAAAUAUGUGUUUAUGGGUCUGUUCAGAGACACCUGGAGGUGGUCAGAUGGAAGCAAUUUCUCUUUCAGACACUGGAAUCUGAAGUUUAAUGAUGAACAAGACAACAGUGGUCAAUGUGCCCUGGUUGAAUUCAGUGAUGAAGGCAGUUGGAGGAAUGAGAAAUGUACUGAAAGAAAACCUUUCAUCUGUUAUGAUGAUAAACUGAUCCUGGUAACAGAAAGUAAAACCUGGGAGGAAGCCUUGAACUACUGCAGAGAGAAACACCAUGACCUGGUCACCAUCACCAACAUGGAUGAUCAGAUAUUAGUCCAGCAAAACGCUCAGUUUGCUUUAACUGAUUAUGUCUGGACGGGUCUGAGCUACGCCUGCACUCUGGAUUUGUGGUUCUGGGUCAGUGAUGAGGUGGUCAGCUAUAAGAACUGGGCCCAAAAUGAACCGAUGGACGACUGUGACAUGUCUGGAGCCAUGGAGACGAGAGGAGGAUAUAAGUGGAGGAAGAAAAAUGAUACAGAGAAGUUUAACUUCAUCUGUUCUAAACAUACUCAAGGAUAAUAAGUGAUGUUUUCUUCACCACUUAUUCUCAUAUUCUUGUAUAUAAAAGCUGAUAUUAGUAAAAAAUGAAUUGAUUUCACAUUGUAGGUUAUGUUGUUUGGGUUUUGUUCUGUUUAACAUCAUAUGAAUAUGUAUCAUGUAAUUAUGUUUUUUUCAAAGCACAUAUAACUUGUUUUAAAUUUAAUCUAAUAAUAUUCAUGUUUAUAUUCUUAAGCUGUCCAGAUUAUCCACCUGUUUAAUUGAUCACUCUAUUAAACUAUUACAUUACUGUAUGUAUCAAAGCAAAAUAAAUUAAAAAAACACUAAAGUAGAACCAAAAUAUCUACUGAUUUAUUUAUUCAUUAGAUUUAAGAUUUAUUUUUCCUUCAUCCAUGAUCAUAAUUUGGAUUUCAACUGGUGGACAGCAGAUAGAAGUUAUUGCUGCAUAUGAGGUUACCACAAAACUAAAAGCAGUAAUAUAAUAUAUUAAAUGUUGUUUUUGAGAAAUAACAAAACUAAUUUUAACCAUCAGAGGAGAGACAUUUCAGGGCUAAAAUAUUUAAUGUAAGAUUAUCUAAAUUCUCAGUAGUGACAAAGAUAAUAAUGGUGUUUUAAUUUGGAGAAUGUUUCUAUUAUGCAACAUUUCUGUUGCAUAAUAGAACAUUUCAGUAAAUAUCCAGUAAAAUAUUCAGUUUUGUUCCAUUAUCAAUACAUUUUCUCACAUUGCUCUCUGGGUUUUUGAUUUUAGUAGAAUAUCAAAAGUUUUGCCUGUAUCUGUAACCAGGUCGAUGAGGUGGAGCAGUUCUUCCACCUGGAGCUAAAUUAUGUCGACAA